AAGUCUGCAGAGGCUUAUAAUCUCAUCGAAGUGCGCAAGUCGCUAAUGCACUAAAUAAAAAAAAAACACAUGUCAAAUUUGAAGAAAAUGUAAUUGAAUACUAUUGAUAAUUUGAUAUUGAAAAUAACCAAACCACAAAAUUUUAAAAAGAGCUAACUAAUUGAUAUAUAUAGAUUUAAUUCGUUUUUAAAUGACUUAAUUUGUGAAUAAAGUGAAAGUUGGUGUAUCUUAUGGAAUAAUCAAAUGAAAAAGUGAUAUGCAAAUAAUGGGGGAAACGGCAGACAAUAUGACUGAGAAAGAAGUGCUUAACGAUUUCAAAGAGAGCUAUUAUAAAGUAAGGAAGUUACUCGACGAGGAGAGCAAAAAUGACCCGGAAACUGAGCCGUAUCUCUCCAAAUACAAAGCCAAAGAGCUAUUGUUGACCAUGCGAGAAUCUCUUACCAAAAUAAUAAGGUCCCAGACCGAUUUGGACAGGGUAAAGCUGGAUGCGAUGCUGGGAACAGUUCUCUUAAACAUCGGCAUCAUUAACAUGGACACGGAGGAAUUGACGGCCAGCGAGAAGGUUCUUACAGAAGCAGUGGAUCUACUCUCCGAAAACUCUUUAAAACCAGAGGUCAUUACGACUGUGCUUAAUAUUUACAAUAAUUUAGGCAUUCUAUGGUCAAGUAGAGAUAAUCCGGAAACAGCUAAAGUAUUUUUACUUAAAGCCAAAGAACUCUAUGAAUCUUUCAAAUGUACUUUACAAAUGCCUUUGCCUAUUGAACAAAUCAUUGCGAACUUGGAGACUCCUGUAUCGGAUUUUAUGCUACUGGAGAAAGCAUAUACAUUGACCCUGUAUUACUUGGCACAGGUGUAUGGCACAUUGAAAGAGAAUUUGAAGUCUGGUGUGUACUGUCAUUCAACUCUGCGAAGGCAGUUGCAGUACUCGGACUAUGAGCCCAUAGAUUGGGCUUUAAAUUCAGCCACGCUGUCUCAGUUCUUUGCUGAGCAGAAUGGUUUUUACCAGUCAAGACAUCACUUAGCAGCGGCUUCUACGAUCCUUGAGAAGUACGAGGAGAAAAUGAUGGAGUCGGCCAGUAAUGAUGAUGCAUUUUUAGCUAAAGUGGAAACAUUUAAACAUAGAUCAGCAGAUGUGGCUCGGUGCUGGGCGAAGUAUUGCCUGCUGCUUAUGACUGCCUCAAAGGCUAGGUUGAUGACGGACAGUGAAAUGAGCGCUGAUGCAGUAACUGACAUGUCCAAUUUGAAACUUGAAGAUGAAGGAAAUAUCUGUGAUGGAGACAUUAAAAACCUAAUAUUCCCUGAUCUGGAUGUGUCUGCAUAUGAAAAGAAAAUUACAGAUAAGUUCCUACUCACUUACCAAGAUGCCAGAGAAGUGUUUCUAAGUUGCCAGAGCUGGUUAAAUAAAGCUAAAGAAUACUACAAAUUGGAUACUUUAGCAUCAGAUUACAUAGAGCUUGUUCAGGACAGUUCUCAAGCUUAUUCAUAUCUGGCAUUUUUUGAAGAGGAUGAUGAAAGACGCGCCAAAAUGCACAAGCGGCGUAUAGACAUGCUGGAAGAACUAAUCAAAGAAAUCAAUCCUACAUACUACCUGCAGUACUGUCGGCAACUGUGGUACGAACUCGGCGAAGUCUACACUGACAUACUCAACAUAAAAUUGGAAAAGCUAAAUCAUUCCAAUGAGAGACCUACCCCACAUGCAUUGAAGAAAAUUAAUGCACUAUGUGAAAAGAGUAUUGAAAUGUAUGAUCACUUCAUCAAUUCAGUAAAGGAUAAAAAUGGUAGAAUGCCACUUAAACUAGAUAGUGAUCAUGUAAGGCCUGUAAUAAGUGCGUAUGCAUUUAUAGGUAGAAAUAGUAUGAAGAGAAUUGCUCUAGAUAAGAACACUCAACUAGAGAAUGCUAAGAAGAGUUUUGACUCAUAUCAGGCUGUUGUGGACAUCUGUACUAAUGACCCUGAUGCAGCUUCAAUGAUGCAAGAAGAAUACAGUUUGUGUAAGGAGAUGGUGCAGAUUCUGCCCAUAAAAAUUAAAAAGUUACAAAUGGAGCAACUUGAGUAACUUGCAUUAUGUUGUUUGUAUGUUAUUCAAUUUCCAGAGCUUUGCUUGUUUAGUAGCCAGAUACAUAAUAUGUAAUUGGUUUCUCAAAUGGCAAAAUUGUUGUUUACUCCUAAUUCUGAUAAUAAGGCGUAGCAUGAGCAUGGAAAUCUUGAGCAUUGCUGAGUUUCCAGGCACAUAAGGUGAACUCUGCUGUCAAGUGAAGCAUAAAAAUGUUCAUCACAGCAUUGCAAGGAAAAUACUAGCUGAAGAACAAUAGAUUACAAAAUCAAAUCCUAAUUGUUAUUUAGUGCUUAAAAAUCAUCUUUUCUAAGCUUUUCUGAGCGGGUGCUGUGAAGUAGUGUAUUGUGCAAUAUCACGAUUCCAGGGUUGAUCCCAUUUACUCAGUAUGUACAGUCUAUAUAUUCAACUUGCGAAAUAUACUAUAUGGAGUAUAUACUGUACUGGUACCAAGUGGUAUCUCAACAUGGGUUAACUUUAGAGAGAAAUUUAUUCGACAUUUUAUGCUUAUUUACAUGUAAUUGGUAUUUCGGGUAUUCCUUAUGUUUGUAAUAAAGGAAACUUUUAAAUU